GGCAGGCGGCAUAGAAGCCUGCCUCACAGCCCCUGCCUUGCUCCCCUUUGGUUCUUGGGCUCACUCAGGUGAUGUCCCUGAAUUCGGGAGCGUGGGGAGCUCGAGCUCGCGGCUGUGCGCAGGCAUACGAGUUACUGCUGGCGUGGGAGCGAAUGAAGUUUAUGCAUUAUUGAUGCUUUUCUCUUACACCUAUUCAUCAAGACUUUUGUGAUUUCAACUGAAGAACUUACUGGUAAUAUAUUGAACACAAAGAUGGAGGCCAAACUGAAUUUCUUUUUCAAGUCCAAAAAGGAAGUAAGUUCACCAAAGACUGCGAGUAGUAGUAGUACUACUACUACUACUACUUUUUCAAGUGGUAUGACAUCAUCAGGAGUUGACACUCGAAAGUACAUCAAGAUUUCAAGAAUGUUAGAGAAGAGAGUUUCACCAGAAGCCAUGUCUCAGGUUAAUAUACUAACCCCUAAACCCAAGAAAGGGUAUGACUCAACAUUGUUUGUCUGUGAAGCGGAAAAAAUAAUUCAAAGGACACCAAGCAAAAUCAAGAAGAAGAGAGAAGUAGUAAUGGAAGAUAAAGGAACUGAGAUAACACCUUCCUUAAUAAAGAUGGCAAUGAGGGAAAGGGAAAAAGAAAAGAUGAGGGAAAAGGAAAAAGAGAAGGAGAGAGAGAAGGAAAAAGAAGAAAAAGAGAAGGAGAAGAAGAAGGUCAAGGAAGAAGGCAUUUCUUUUUCCAAAUACCAGCGCCAAUAUAGCAGCAUUUCAUCACCAAGAUCCUUUCCUUCAGCUCACCGGAAAAGUGGCUUUACAUCCAACCUUUAUUUGACCUUAUACGAAGAGGUGCAGCAGGGAGGACUUUUCGGACCAGAUUUGGAAGGACUCCUUAAAGCCUGUAAAAUUUUCAGCUAUGUCCGAAGUGGCAAAAUUUACGUGAAUGAUGUGCACCCAACCCUACGUGUCUUAAAAAUUUCCAUAAGUGAUGGAGAUAUACUUCAGGCAUUAAAGAGUGUUUAUAUUGAUGCAAAUGGCAUACUGGAUUUUUCUGAUUUCCUGAAGAUUUUGAAUGAAAAGAGUCAAAUCUCUCAAGACCCAGCAUUCCAGGAAGCAUUCCAAAUUUUUGGUAAGAUGAAAGGAGGCCGGGUUGAUGUUGAUGAUGUAAUGCCUAUUCUGAAUACCUUGGGAAUCUCUGUAAGUUUUCAAACUUACCAGGAAGUGAUGAAUUACCUAUAUCGUGAUGCUAAUAGAAUGGUGGAUUUUGGAGAUUUUAUAUUUUCUUUGGAAGACCUUCAACAACAGUAUGAGGAUGUUGUCUAUAGGGAAUGGUUGCCCCAGGAAGAGUUUGAAAAGAGAUUGUCCAAGUCCCGUGCGAGUAGGGUGUUUCAGCAAUUAAGGAAGAAGAGCAGCUCAAUUACCAGAUCAUCAGAAUCUUUCUCCUCCAUGCGGUCAAGUAGAAAAAGCAUCAGUGAAAGAAUAGCUGAGGAAACUUUUGACCUAGCCCAACGGCAAAGCUCUAAAAGUAAAAAGUCUUUGGAAAGAGUUGAUAUGGGUGUCCCCGAAUCCCUACGAUCAAGCUCAAGGUCAAGCAUAAGUUUCAGAAAACUUUCAGGUCCAACAGAGAUUUCUAAGGGGGAGGUUACCCCACCCAAAGCCAUCCUAGCCUCUAAGGGGGUAGUUACCUCAUCUAAAGCCAUCCAAACCUCUAGGGGGGACAUUACCUCAUCUAAAGCCAUCCCAGCCUUCAGAAAAUUGUUCCAUGAGCCUGAUAUGUCUGCUGUCUCAGAGGCCCAGCAAAAGAUGCUAAAGGUGGAUGAAAGUAAAUCUCAGGAAGAACCUGAUAAAUAUGAAAUAUGUUUCCCUGGAACCCAACCAUGUGGCAGUGUUAGUUCUCUCAGAAAAAUUUUGAACAUAGAAGAAAUUCCUGUUGUGAGGAAGAGUUCAAGCUUGCAGAAAUCUGCAAAAGAAACUGAAAAGAAAUAUGCUGUUUCUGUCACGGACCUCCAACCACAAAGUGUCAAGAGUCAUCUAAUCUAUAGAAAACCAUUGAGUGAAAUUCAUGUUGAGAAGUCUUUUGAGAGCUCUUCUAUGAGUGGGCUUUCUCUAGAAAAAGCAGAAGACAUUUCAGAAGAGGGCAGAGAGGUGCAGCCAGAAACAUUUGGUGCCCUACAACGUUCCAUUACAUAUAUCAACAAAAUCAGAAAGGAUGAAGUUCCUGUUAAUGAACUCCCGACCAUAUUGAAGAUACUUGGCAUAGAGUUAUCUGAUGAAGAGUUCCAGGAUGUGCUGCAAAUGACUCCUCCCAAUGAAAGUGACAUGGUGAAUUUAAAAGACUUUCUAACUAACCUGAGCAAAUCCCGACAGUUCACAGAGUAUUCUGUGUUGAAAGAUGCCAUUCCUAUCAUUGAGGAUCUUGAGGAAAAAAAGGCUAACGUGGAUGAUCUGAAGCAUGAUCUGAGGAAAUUGGGAAUCUAUUGUACACAGACAGAAUUGGAGAGAGCCUUAGAACAGGUUCCUCCUGAUAGUGAAGGACACGUGAAUUUCAAAGACUUUGCUCAAGCUCUGAAGGAGGAUCCUUUCUUGGGCAAACGGAAAUCAUUAGAAGAAAGUCUUAAAGAAAUGAAGGGAUUCAAGGGCAACAAGGUUUCAGUGGACAAUUUAUGGAGAACUCUACACAGGUUAGAUGCCAAUUUGACAGAAGAGGAAUUUCAAGAGGCAUUGAAGGCAGUGCCAAAAGAUGAAGAGGGAAAAAUUGAGUUUGACAAGUUCUUUGAGGCUCUAGAAGGAAUACAAGAAUCAGUGGAACCAAAACCGAAACUGAAAGGGAUACCUGAUAAUAUCCUUGCCUUAAGUAAGAUUGCAGUUGAUAAAAUGGUACCCAAGAAGGAUCUGGAUCAUGUCUUGAAGAGUAUUGGGAUUGUUUUGUCUAAAGAAACAUUGGAAAACAUACUUUCUUCUAGUGAUAGUGAAAUGAUAGAUGUUAAAGAAGUUGUAUCAUCUUUAAGGAACACUGAGAACUUCUCUACUUGUUUGGCACUGAAAGAGCUCGUCACUCAAAUGGAUGAAGAUAAAACAGUUCCUCACCAUGUAGAAGAUGUAUAUUCACAAAUACGUGAGAAAAAUUUACCUCCAGAAUUGAGGGGAAAGAAGUUAUCUAGUCAAGAAAUCGAGGAUAUAACUGGUUCUCAUCCUCUUAAAGAUAUGGACAUAAUGAAAUUCAACAUGUUUAUGAAUAUCUUGGCUCGGAGCAAGGACUUUCCUGUGAAAGAUGCCUUUGAAAAGGGCAUGAAGAUGCUUACACAUUUAGAAAAAGGCAAGGUUAGUAUUCCUGAUCUGUUGAAUGCCCUGGCUAACGUGAAUAUCAAUAUACCGAAGGAAACCUUGGAUAGAAUCUUUGAAUCUUGUCCCACUGAUGAGAAUGGAGAUAUAUGGCUGAAAGAUUUCAUUAACGGUUUAACUCAGACUCAACAGUUUGCUGAUUCCAUAGCUUUGCAGCUAGCAGUGUCUGGCCUAGAAAAUGUUGAGGAUGAUCUUAUUGAAACUGAGGAAAUCCAGGAGUCAUUGACCGAAAGGGGUCUUGAAGCAGCCAAUGAGGUGCUUACACAGAUGUUACCAGAUAUUACCAAUGAACAAGGCAAGAUAGAGUUCCCCAAAUUCAUGAGUGACAUAUCCAAAGUGCUGUUGGUUCCUAGAGUUUCAGGAAUUCCAGAGUCUUUUAAUGAAACCAUUCUUUCCAGAAAAGAUAGUAACAUCCUCUUUAAGCUUCAGGAAAAUGUGCGUGUCAUGGGAAUCCACUUAGAUGCUGAUGAACUAGAGGAAGCACUGGAGAAUACUACUGUUGAUGAAAAUGGAAUGGUGAAUUUUAAGGUCUAUGCCAAUGAAUUGACAGAGAUGGACAAUUUUAAGGAAUUUCAAAAGAUCGAUGAUGCCUGGAACAUUCUCCAUAAAUUGGGUAAUGGGAAAGUCAAGCCUGAUAAUCUCUCCCAAGCCUUGGGGGAUUUGGGGAUAAAGGUAACUGAUAAAAACCUUAAAGAAGUCCUGAAAUUGAUUCAACCUGAUGAGAAUGGAGAAAUAAAAAUAAUGGAUGUUAUCAAUGUAUUGUCUGCAACUCCAGAAUUAGCAAAGCCUCCUGAUAUGAAAGAUGUCUGGGAUGUUCUCAACAAAGUGGGUGAUGAGAAAGUCAAUAUUGAUGAUGUAUGCAAUACCUUGGAUGACUUGGGGAUUAAGGUAACUGAAGAAGAAUUUCACCAAGUCCUUCAAUCAAUUCAACCUGAGGAGGAUGGAUUCAUAAAAAUGAAGGAUGUUGUCCAGAAAUUGGCUGAGAUUCCAGGAUUUAUUGAGCCUCCCGCUGUUGUAGUGAAAGCUCUCAGCAAAGUGGGUGAUGAGAAAGUCAAUAUUGAUGAUGUAUGCCAAACCUUGGAUGACUUGGGGAUUAAGGUAGCUGAAGAAAAACUUCAGGAAAUAGUGCAAUCCAUUCAACCUGAUGAGAGUGGAUCCAUAAAAGUGAAGGAUGUUGUCCAGAAAUUGGCUGAGACUCCAGGAUUUAUUGAGCCUCCUGUUGAUGUUUGGGAUGUUCUCAACAAAUUGGGUGAUGAAAAAGUCAAAACUGAUGAUGUAUCCAGUGCCUUGGAUGACUUGGGGAUUAGAGUAACUGAAAAAAACCUUCAGGAAAUCCUGCAAUCGAUUCAACCUGAUGAAGCUGGAUCAGUAAAAAUAAAGGAUGUUGUCCAGAAAUUGGCUGAUGCUCAAGAAUUUACGGGGCCUACUGAAUUACAAAAGGCAUGGACUAUUGUCACCAAUAUCACUGAUGGGAAAAUCAAAAAGGCUAAUAUAUUACCAACCCUGGAGAGUUUGGGAUUCAAUUUAAAUGAUGAAGAUCUUCAAGAAGCAUUGAAAUCUUUCCAGACAGAUGGUGAUCUUAAAGAUAUAGACCUACGGGAAUUUAUCAAGAAAUAUUCUGAAAUCAAAAACUGCAAGAAGACCCAACAAUUACAAGAUGCCUGGACUCUUCUCAACACUGUCUCAGAAGGGAAAGUAAAGACUUCUGAUCUGGGAAAAGCACUAGAAACCAUGGGAAUAGCAUUAGGGGAGGAAGAAAUACAAGAUAUAGAGAAAUAUACUGACACUGGUGAGGAUGGAACAGUAUCUUUACAAGAUGUUAUUGAUAAGUUGACAAAUGCCCAAAAAAUGAGUGAGGGCCAACGAAUACAAAAUGCAGUUAACGUUGUCACCAGUGUUAAGGAUGGGAAAGUCAAGAUGACUGAUGUUCCGUCUGUCCUGGACAGCUUGGGAUUCGAUGUAGAUGCAAAAGAGACUACAGAAAUAUUGAACUCUAUUGUGCCAGAUGAAGGAGAAGUGAAUUUAAAGGAAGUUGUCAAGAAAUUGGAUGAUAGCAAAAAAUUGGAGCAGGCCCAACGAUUUGAAAAUGCAAAGAUGGUUGUUACCAGUGUCAAUCAAGGGAAAGUCAAUGUUGAUGAUCUAGACAACACUUUGAAGAGCUUGGGAAUCAAUUUAACGGAUGAACAUGUUCAAGAACUAAAGAAAGCUGUUGAGGUUGAUGAAGAAGGAAUGGUAAAUUUAGAUGAGGUUGUCAAGAAAUUAAUGGAUGAAAAAAAACAAAAGGCCCAAAUUCUAGAAGAUGCAGCCUUUAUUGUCAGCAGUGUCACAGAUGGAAAAGUCAAGGUUAGUGAUCUUGCACCUGUCCUGAAGCACAUGGGGGCUGAUUUAGCCAAUGAAGAUGUUAAAGAAGCAUUGAAAUCUGUUGAUGUUGAUGAAACUGGGAUGGUGAAUCUUGAGGCGUUUGUCAAUCAAGUACCCAUAUCCAAAUUGUCUCCUAAAAUCCAACAAAAUAAAAAAAUACAUGAUAUUAUCAACAAUGUUGUUGACGGAAAAAUCAAUAUUGAAAACCUGAAACCCACUCUGGAGGGGUUAGGAAUUAGGUUAAGUGACGAAGAGCUGAGAAGAGCAAUCAAAUCUGUUAAGGUGGAUGAAGAUGGAAAUAUGGAUUUUAAAGACAUUGUUGAGAAAGCAGAGGAGAGCCUUUACAUGACAGAAAAUAAACGACUACAAGAUGCAAAAAAUAUUAUUUCCAAUGUUAGUGAUGGAAAAGUUAAUAUUGAUGAUCUGCCAAGUACUCUGGAGAGCUUGGGAAUUGAUUUAAGUGAAAGAGAUAUCAAAAAAAUACUGGAAUCUGUGGAGCCUUUGGCUGAAGAUGGAAUGGUGGAUUUUAAGGAUGUUGUCAGUAAAGUGGCUGAAUUACGAGACACAAAAAAGAAAAAACGAAUUACAUUUGCCAAUCCACUUGUCUCCAAUUUUAUUGAUAAAAAAAUCAAACCAGAAGAUGUAGUACCUAUCCUGGAGAGCUUGGAGCUUCCAAUAAGUGAUGAAAAUAUUAAAAAAGCACUGGAAUCCACGGAGUUUGAUGAAGAUGGAAAAAUAAAAUUUGACAAAUUUAUAAAUGAAUUGAUGAAGACUGGAGACUGUGCAAAGAGCCAACGAAUACAAGAUGCAAAUAAUUUUGUUAAUAAUAUUGUUGAUGGCAAAGUCAAUACAGAGGAUGUGAUGCCUAUCCUGAAGAGUUUGGGGAUCGACUUAUCUAAAGAAAAGCUUGCAGAUAUUUUGAAAUCCGUUAAACCUGAUGAAAAGGGAAAAGUGAAAUUUCAGGAUGUAGUCAACAAAUUGAUUUCAAGCAAACGUGCUUUAAAGGCCCAACAACUAGAAGAUGCACGUAAAAUUCUUACCAAUGUUGUUGAUGGGAAAGUUGCUUUUGAAGAUUUGCAACCUACCUUGGAGAGCUUGGGGAUUGAUUUAACUGAUGAGGCUCUUAAAGAAACACUGGAAUCUAUUGAACCUGAUGAAAAUGGAAAUGUGGAUUUUGAUGACUCUGUCAGAAAAUUCCUUAAGCACAAAAAUUCAUUACUAACCAUCAAACUUAAAAGAGCACAGGAAGUUAUAGACACUGUUUCUGAUGGGAAGAUUCAUGCUAAGGAUUUAUCACCUACCCUGGAAAAUUUUGGAAUCAAACUAACAGAUGAUAUGCUUAAGGAUACCGUGAAAUCUGUUGGAAUUGAUGGAGAUGGAACAGUGAAUGUAAAGAAUGUUGUGGAAAAACUCUUUCAGAAUGAAAAAUUACCAAAAGAUGAAAACAUAGAAAAAUCACUUAAUGCUGUUGCCAAAAUCGCUGAAGGGAAUAUCAAGAUCACUGAUCUCUCUCCUCUCUUGGAGACAUUAGAUAUUGAUUUAACUGAAGAAGAUCUUCAAAAAACAUUGAAAACUGUUGACACUAAGGGUGGAAUGGUUAAUCUGAAGACAUUCGUUGAUAAAUUAGCUAGCCUUGAACAGUUUCCUGAAUGCCAAAGAAUAGAAGAUGCCUGUGUUGCUGUCAAAAGCAUCACUGAUAAGAAGGUACCUGUUGAAGAAUUGAUGCCUACCCUGAAGCAAUUGGGAGUCAAGGUAUCUAAAGAGGAUGUUGAAGAAAUACUGAGAGUGGUGACACCUGAUAAAGAUGGAACUGUGGAUAUAAUGGAAUUUUUGGAUCAAUUGGCCAAAUCGGAACCAUUUAAUGACCUAAAACGAGUGGAAGAUGCAUGUAACUUUGUCAGCAGCAUCAAGGAUGGGAAAGUCAAAGUUGAUGAUCUGCCAUCUACUCUGGAGACAUUGGGAGUGAAUUUAACUCCUGAAGAGCUUAAGGAAACUCUUAAAUCAGUCCAGCCUGAUGACAAUGGAGCUGUGAACUUAAAGGACUUUUUCAGGGAAUUGAAUGACACAGAAAAAUUUGAGAAAUGUCAACAACUAAAAGUCGUAUGUGAUACUCUCAACAAAAUCCCUGAUGGGAAAGUCAACGUCAGUGAGCUCACAUCUACAAUGAACAAUUUGGGAAUUCCUCUGAAUCCUGAUGAAAUUAAUGAGACAUUGGCAUCUGUGAAGGUUGAUGAAAAUGGAACCAUUAAUUUAAAGGACUUUAUGGAUGUUUUAUCUAAAACUAAAAAAUUUUUGGAAGGUCAACAAUUAGAACAGAUGGGUAAUGCUAUGUUGAAUGUCAUUGAUGGAAAAGCCAAUGUCAAGGAUCUGGCCCCUACCUUGCAGAGCUUAGGAGUACCAUUUUCUAAUGAAGAGAUUAAUAAAAUGGUGAAAAAUGUCCAAGUUGAUGCUGAUGGAACUGUAAACUUAAAGAACUUUGUUGAUAAUUUGAUUAAAAAGCACCAAUUGAAGGAAAAAGCAAAAUUAGAAAAACUAAAAAAUAUUAUCAGCCACAUCCUUGAAGGAAAAAUCCAAGUUGAUGAUUUGGAAUCUGCCCUGAAGAACUUGGGAAUUGUCCUAAGUGAGAAGGAGCUUCAAGAUACCCUAAAAGCUAUUGAAGUUGAUGAGAGUGGAGAAGUGGAUUUAAGAACCUUAGGGGAGUCUUUGAAUAAAAUAGAAGAAUUUAAUGAAGCCAAACGAAUCCAAAGUACCUGUAGCAUGGUCAGCCACAUCAGUGAAGGGAAAGUCAAGAUGGAAGAUCUCCCAGAUACCCUAUCCAGCUUAGAAGUGGAGUGUACUGAGGAAGAACUAAAAGAAGCCUUAAAAACAGCUGUACCUGAUGAGAAUAACAUGGUGAAUUUAAAUACCUUGAUUGCGGUUUUGUCCAAAAAUCAUGAGAUGUCUGAUGAGAAAAAACGUAUAGAAGAUGCUUUUAACCUCGUCAACAGUGUCUUGGAUGGGAAAAUUGAAGUUAGUAAACUGUCAUCUGUCCUUGAGAACUCAGGAAUCACUCCAACUUAUGAAGAGAUUAAAGAAACAUUGAAAAACAUUGGAGCUGAGGACAGUAAAAUGGUGGAUUUAAAGGACUUCAUUGAAGAACUGGGACAAAUGAAUCAAUCUUCCGUAGGUAUGGAACCUGUCCUUGAAGUUCUUGACAACCUAAGUGAUGGGAAAAUUAAGGUGGAUGAACUAGCACCUUUUCUGGAUAACUUUGGGAUUCACUUAACCAAAGAAGAGCUUGAAGAAACACAGAAGUCUUUGGGUGUUGAAGAUGAUGGAGUAGUGGACUUGAAUAAGUUUUUGGAUUCGUAUGCGAAAGACAAAGUUGAAAAAGCGCCAUCAAUAAGAGAAAUAAGUAAAAUGAUUACUCCAAUUGCUGGAGGAAAAGUCUUACUUGAGGAUGUUGAAUCUGCCCUGGAGGGUUUGAAGUUCAACCUAUCUGAUGAAGACAUUAAAGAAGCUGUGAAAUCUGUUGUGGCUGAUGAUCAAGGAUAUGUGGAUUUAAAGAAAGUAAUAAAGAACAUAUCUGAAAGUGAAAGCUAUCAAGAAGACCCAGCACUAAAAAAUGCAUUGAAUUUUAUCAUCAACGUUGAUGACAGGAAAGUCAAUGUUAAUGAUCUUGUACCUAUAAUGGAAAAGUUGGGAAUUAGCCUAAAUGAGGAAGAACUAAAUGAAACAUUGAAAUCUCUUCAGCCUGAUGAAAAUGAAACAGUGAAUCUACAAAAUUUUAUUAGGGAAUUGUCUAAGAAUGAAAAAUACCAAGAAAUUCCAAGUAAACCUCCAGAGACAAAGAUGACUUCAAAACAGAAAUAUGACUUGCUGACUCAACCUGUAAGAGGAGACUCUGAAAGCCUGGAGGAGAAACACCAAGCCAUAUUUAAGAUUAUUGAUGAUCUGAUCUUGAGAAAAGAAGAAACAAUCCCAGCUGAAGAACUGAAAUCCUUACUUUCGGAUUUCGAUAUUACUGUAAGAGCUGACUCUGUCAUUGAUGUGUUGGAAAGAGUGUCUAUUGAUGAAGGUGGAAGUGUGGGCCUUAAAGACUGUUUGUUGGCGUUGGACAGUAUUCAAAGACUUCGAGAUGACCAAGGACGAGAUCAGCUCUUCGAUUUUCUCAACUUUACUGACAGGAUGGUUGAUGUCAGUGAUUUACAAUCCAUCCUGAAGGAUUUUGGGAUUAUUAUGCCAGAAAAUGACAUCAGAGAAGUAAUAAAAGAUAUCCCUGUUAAUGAUGAUGGAAAGGUCAGUUUAAAAGAAUGUGUGGCAGCCUUGAAAGAAACCCCAGUUCUUACUAAAGCUGCAGAGAUGGAAAAUCCCUUGGACAUCUUUGCCUCCAUCAAGGCUAAUGAAAUUCCUGUUAAAACCCUGGACACCUUCAUAAAAAGCCUAGGGGUUAAUUUAAAACCCACAGAGUUUGAUGAUAUCCUGAAGAGUAUGCCUGUAAAGGCUGGUGAGAAGGUGGAUUUGGAAAAAUUCUUGGAAGCUGUUUCUGACAUGAAGUCAGUUGAAGAAGAUGAAAAACAACCUGUGGUUGAUGUAGCAAACUUGAAUACCGUUCUGGAGGACAUGGGUGUGCAUUUGUCCCCAAAAGAGAUCCAGAGUGCAAUGGAUCUUGUCACAGUGGGCGAUGAUGGAAAAGUAGAUUUGAACGAAUUUAUGAAUUCAAUGCAAUAUAAUCAGAAUUACGCCCAACUUGAUGACAACUCAGUAGAUGUCAAUAAAUUACGUGCCUUCCUCAGCAACUCAGGAAUCCACCUGACUGAGAAAGAAACCCAAGAGAUACUGAAGCACACUCCAGUUGACGAUAAUGGGGAAGUGAACAAAAAGGAAUUCAUGGCAUAUAUGCUUAAUACUAGAAAACCAAGCCAAUAUGAAAAAAAAAAGGUGGAUGCUAAUAAAUUGAAAUAUCUCCUGGACCUCUUGGGCAUCCAAGUUCCUGAUGAGGACAUUCAAGAGGUGCUUCAGAACAUUCCAGUUGAGGAUGGAAAGGUGAAUUUGAAGGCAUUUAUGGAUGCUCUCCAAGAUUCCAAGAAGGUCCCUCUUUAUGAAGGGAUGAAGACUGAUAUUCAAAACCUCUCCAACAUCCUCAGCAGCAUGAGGGUAGAUGUCAAAGAUGAUGAACUCCAGGAGCUUUUGAGAAACUUGCCAGUUGGUGAGGAUGGGCGUAUAGAUAUGGAUAAAGUGAUGCAGAUUGUAAAAACUCACCAAAAGAAAGCACCUGAAGAAGAGGAGGUUGAUAGUUCUCAUUUGGAUGCUGUUCUGAAGGAUUUGGGAAUUCAUUUCAAUGAAGAAGAACUUAAGGACCUAUUAAAAAACCAGCCAGUGAAUGCUGAUGGAAAGGUAAAAUUGGAUAAAGUGAUGGAUUCUCUGAAGACUUUUAAAGGUGGGAAGGUAGAUAUGAAUUACCUAGAAGAUGUCCUUGACAAAAUGGGGCUGCAACUUACUGAGGAGGAAGAGCAAGACCUGAUAAAAGAAGUGCCAAUUGAUGAAAAUGGGAUGAUGGAGCUCAAGAAAUUAAUAAAUGCUUUGAAGGAGAAAAAAGCCAUGACAGUUGGCGUCAAUAAUCUGGAUGAAAUUUUGGGGAACAUGGGAGUUGGGCUCUCAAAAGAAGAAUUACAGAAUCUAGUGAAAAGCAUUCUAGUUGACCAUGAUGGAAGCAUAGACUUAAAUAAACUGAUAGAUGCUGUGAAGUCUAUGAAAGGAGGGAAGGUCAAUGUCAGUAACCUGGACAACUUUCUGAACUCCACGGGGGAGGAUCUCACCAAAGACGAGAUGGAAGAUCUAUUGAAAAUGCUUCACGUUGGUGCUGAUGGAAAAGUAGAUGUGGCUAAACUGGAAGAGUCUCUGCAGGCUAUUAAAGAUGAGAAGAUUGAUGCCAAUAACUUAAACACAUUUCUGAAAAAUAUGGGUAUAGACAUCACAGGAGAAGAACUCAAAGAGCUGAAACAAAAUCUACCAACUGAUGCUCAUGGAAAGGUGAAUCAGAAGUUGGUGAUGGAAGCCUUGAAAGAUUCUAAAGGUGUAAAGUUGGAUGCUGAUGAGUUAGACACAAUUCUUGGAAAUAUGGAGAUCAAAUUCUCAAAUGAGGAACUGAAAAAUAUUUCAAAACAAUUGCCAUUGGAUGCUGAAGGGAAGGCAGAAAUGACCAAGCUGAUGGACUCUGUACAGGCUGUUAAAGGAGAGAAGCUUGAUGUGCAAAACCUGGACAACCAACUAAGUAAAAUGGGACUUGAGCUUUCAGAUGAAGAAGUUAAGGAGCUGAUGAAAUACCUGCCAGUUGAUCGUAAAGGAAGUGUGUAUCAGAGUGAUUUGAUAAAUGCCUUAAAGGCUUUUAAAGCUGGUAAGGCUGAUGCUCAAAACCUAGAAGAUGUGCUGAAAAACAUGGGAAUCAAGCUCACAGAUGCAGAACUACAAGAAGUGCUAAAAUAUACGCCAACUGAUGAUAAUGGGAAGAUGGAUAUUAAAAAAGUGUUGGAUGAAGUUAAGGCUAGUCAAGGAGAAAAGGUUGACAUUGGAGAGAUAGGUAACUUCCUAAAAAAUACAGGAAUUGAGGUACCAGCUCAGGAAUUGCAGGAGCUUUUGAAAAACUUGCCUGGUACUAAGAAAGCCUCUCUUACUAAAGUGAUGGAUAACCUACAAACUUCUAUAGGAGGCAAGGUCAGUACCAGCAACCUGGAUGACUUUCUGAACAAUAUGGGAAUCAAGGUCACAGAAUCUGAUCUUAAAGUACUGAAGAGAAAUUUGCCAGUUAAUGGUGAUGGGAAGAUUGAUCUGAAUACACUGUUAAAUGAAGUGAAAGCUUUUCAAGAGAAGCAUGAUAUCAGUGAUGUGGAAAAUGUCCUGAGGAGCAUGGGCCUAGAGUUCAGUAAGAAAGAGCUUCAGGAGCUUCAAAAAAACUUGCCUGUUGAUGAAAAUGGGAUGGUGAAUAUGAAAAAGAUAAUGAAUGCUGUGAAGAAUGUCAGUGGAGGAAAUGUUGAUGUUAAUAACCUGGAAAAUGUUCUUCACAACAUGGGGAUUGACCUCACAGAGAAAGAAUUGAUGGAGCUACUGAAUAAUCUGCCAGUUGAUGCUGAUGGGAAGGUUAACCUGGAUAAAAGUAUGGAUUAUGCAAAAACUAUUAAAGAUAAUGUUAAUGUUCAAAACCUAGAAGACUUUUUGAAGGACAUGGGGAUCAACUUGGCAAAAGAUGAACAGGAAGAUCUCCUGAAAAACCUUCCAAUUGAUGCCAAUGGGAUGGUGAAUAAAAAAAGUCUAAUGAAUGCUGUGCAGAAUCUUGGUGGAGGGAAUGUUGAUGUUAACAAGGUGGACCAGAUUCUGGGAAACCUGGGGGUCCAAUUCACAGAUAAAGAAAUUGAGGACUUAUUGAGUAACCUGCCAAUUGAUGCUGAUGGGAGUGUUGCCCUCAAUAAAGUUAUUGAAAAUGUGAAAACUCUUAAAGAUAAUGUUAAUGUUCAAAACCUAGAAGACUUUUUGAAGGACAUGGGGAUCAACUUGGCAAAAGAUGAACAGGAAGAUCUCCUGAAAAACCUUCCAAUUGGUGCCAAUGGGAUGGUGAAUAAGAAAAACCUAAUGAAUGCCGUGAAGAAUCUCAGUGGAGGGGAUGUUGAUGUUAACAAGCUGGACCAGGUUCUGAGAAACCUGGGGAUCCAGCUCACAGAUAAAGAAAUUGAGGAGCUAUUGAGUAAACUGCCACUUACCAAGGAUGGGAAGGUCAACCUCAAAGGAAUUACAGAUAAUGCAAAAACUAUUCAAGAAAACGUUGAUGUUCAAAACCUUAACAACUUCCUGAAGGACAUGGGGAUCAAACUCACAGAAGAGGAACAGAAAGAUCUCCUGGAACGCCUUCCAGUUGGUGCCAAUGGGAAGGUGAAUAAGAAGAAUGUAAUGAAUGCUGUGCAGAAUCUUGGUGGCGGGAAUGUUGAUGUUAGCAAAGUGGAAGAGGUUCUGAGAAACCUGGGGAUCAAACUUACAGAUGAAGAAGUUGAGGAGCUACUGAGAAAUCUGCCAAUUGAUGCUGAUGGGAAGAUUGACUUCAAAAAAAUUAUAGAAAAUGCAAAAACUAUCCAAGAAAACAUUGAUGUUAAAAACCUGGAAGACUUUCUGAAGAGCAUGGGGAUCAAACUCACAAAAGAUGAACAGGAAGAUCUCCUAAAACGCCUUCCAAUUGGUGUCAAUGAAAAGGUGAAUAAGAAGAACAUAAUGAAUGCUAUGCAGAAUCUCAGUGGAGGAAAUGUUGAUGUUAACAAACUGGACCAGGUUUUGGGAAACCUGGGGAUCGAGCUCACAGAUAAAGAAACUGAGGAGCUUUUGAGUAACCUGCCAAUUGAUGAUGAUGGAAAGGUCAACCUCAAAGAAGUUAUCGAUAAUGCAAAAAGUAUUCAAGAAAAGAUUGAUGUUCAAAACCUGGAAGAAUUUCUGAAGGACAUGGGGAUCAAACUCACAGAAGAGGAACAGAAAGAUCUCCUGGAACGCCUUCCAGUUGGUGCCAAUGGGAAAGUGAAUAAGAAGACCAUAGUGAAUGCUGUGCAGAAUCUUGGUGGAGGGAACAUUGAUGUGACCAACCUCAAUCAGGUUUUGGGAAACUUGGGGAUCGAGCUUACAGAUAAAGAAAAUGAGGAACUAUUGAGUAACCUGCCUGUUGAUGCUGAUGGGAAGAUCGACCUCAAUGAAGUUAUAGAUAAGGCAAAAACUAUUCAAGAAAACGUUGAUGUUAAAAACCUGGAUGACUUUCUGAAGGACAUGGGGAUCAAACUCACAAAAGCUGAACAGGAGGAUCUCCUAAACCGCCUUCCAGUUGGUGUCAAUGAAAAGGUGAAUAAGAAGAACAUAAUGAAUGCUGUGCAGAAUCUCAGUGGAGGAAACGUUGAUGUUAACAAACUGGACCAGGUUUUGGGAAACCUGGGGAUCGAGCUCACAGAUAAAGAAACUGAGGAGCUUUUGAGUAACCUGCCAAUUGAUGAUGAUGGAAAGGUCAACCUCAAAGAAGUUAUCGAUAAUGCAAAAAGUAUUCAAGAAACCAUUGAUGUUCAAAACUUAGAAGGCUUCCUGAAGGACAUGGGGAUCAAACUCACAGAAGAGGAACAGAAAGAUCUCCUGGAACACCUCCCAGUUGGUGCCAAUGGGAAAGUGAAUAAGAAGAAUGUAAUGAAUGCUGUGCAGAAACUUGGCGAAGGAGCAAAUGUUGAUGUUAGCAAACUGGAAGAGGUUCUGGGAAACCUGGGAGUCAAACUUACAGAUAAAGAAACAGAGCAGCUAUUAAGUAACCUGCCAAUUGAUGCUGAUGGGAAGAUCGACCUCAAUGAAGUUAUAGAUAAUGCAAAAACAAUUCAAGAAAACGUUGAUGUUAAAAACCUGAACAACUUUCUGAAGGACAUGGGGAUCAAACUGACAGAAGAGGAACAGGAAGAUCUCCUAAAACACCUUCCAAUUGGCGCCAAUGAAAAGGUGAAUAAGAAGAAUGUAAUGAAUGCUCUGCAGAACCUCAGUGGAGGGAAUGUUGAUGUCAACAAACUGGACCAGGUUCUUGGAAAUCUGGACAUCAGACUUUCAGAUAAAGAAAUUGAGGAGCUAUUGAGUCAGCUGCCAAUUGAUGAUGAUGGAAAGGUCAACCUCAAAGAAGUUAUCGAUAAAGCAAAAACUAUUCAAGAAACUGUUGAUGUUGAAAAUCUAGAAGGCUUCCUGAAGGACAUGGGGAUCAACCUCACAGAAGAGGAACAGAAAGAUCUCCUGGAACACCUUCCAGUUGGUGCCAAUGGGAAAGUGAAUAAGAAGAAUGUAAUGAAUGCUGUGCAGAAUCUUGGCGAAGGAGCAAAUGUUGAUGUUAGCAAACUGGAAGAGGUUCUGGGAAACCUGGGAGUCAAACUUACAGAUAAAGAAACAGAGCAGCUAUUAAGUAACCUGCCAAUUGAUGCUGAUGGGAAGAUCGACCUCAAUGAAGUUAUAGAUAAGGCAAAAACUAUUCAAGAAAACGUUGAUGUUAAAAACCUGAACGACUUUCUGAAGGACAUGGGGAUCAAACUGACAGAAGAGGAACAGGAAGAUCUCCUAAAACACCUUCCAGUUGGCGCCAAUGAAAAGGUGAAUAAGAAGAAUGUAAUGAAUGCUCUGCAGAACCUCAGUGGAGGGAAUGUUGAUGUCAACAAACUGGACCAGGUUCUUGGAAAUCUGGACAUCAGACUUUCAGAUAAAGAAAUUGAGGAGCUAUUGAGUCAGCUGCCAAUUGAUGGUGAUGGAAAAGUCAACCUCAAAGAAGUUAUCGAUAAUGCAAAAACUAUUCAAGAAACCAUUGAUGUUCAAAACCUGGAAGACUUCCUGAAGGAUAUGGGGAUCAAACUCACAGAAGAGGAACAGAAAGAUCUCCUGGAAUACCUUCCAGUUGGUGCCAAUGGGAAAGUGAAUAAGAAGAAUGUAAUGAAUGCUGUGCAGAAUCUUGGCGAAGGAGCAAAUGUUGAUGUUAGCAAACUGGAAGAGGUUCUGGGAAACCUGGGAGUCAAACUUACAGAUAAAGAAACAGAGCAGCUAUUAAGUAACCUGCCAAUUGAUGCUGAUGGGAAGAUCGACCUCAAUGAAGUUAUAGAUAAGGCAAAAACUAUUCAAGAAAACGUUGAUGUUAAAAACCUGAACGACUUUCUGAAGGACAUGGGGAUCAAACUGACAGAAGAGGAACAGGAAGAUCUCCUAAAACACCUUCCAGUUGGCGCCAAUGAAAAGGUGAAUAAGAAGAAUGUAAUGAAUGCUCUGCAGAACCUCAGUGGAGGGAAUGUUGAUGUCAACAAACUGGACCAGGUUCUUGGAAAUCUGGACAUCAGACUUACAGAUAAAGAAAUUGAGGAGCUAUUGAGUCAGCUGCCAAUUGAUGAUGAUGGAAAGGUCAACCUCAAAGAAGUUACUGAUAAAGCAAAAUCUAUUCAAGAAACCAUUGAUGUUCAAAACCUGGAAGAAUUUCUGAAGGACAUGGGGAUCAAACUCACAGAAGAAGAACAGAAAGAUCUCCUGGAACACCUUCCAGUUGGUGCCAAGGGGAAAGUGAAGAAGAAGAGCAUAGUGAAUGCUAUACAGAAUCUUGGCGAAGGAGCAAAUGUUGAUGUUAUCAAACUGGACGAUGUUCUGGGAAACCUGGGGAUCAAACUUACAGAUAAAGAAAUUGAGGAGCUAUUGAGUAACCUGCCAAUUGAUGCUAAUGGGAAGAUCGACCUCAAUGAAGUUAUAGAUAAGGCAAAAACUAUUCAAGAAAACAUUGGUGUUAAAAACCUGGAUGACUUUCUGAAGUACAUGGGGAUCAAACUCACAGAAGAUGAAAAGGAAGAUCUCCUAAAACGCCUUCCAGUUGGUGCCAAUGAAAAGGUGAAUAAGAAGAAUGUAAUGAAUGCUCUGCAGAACCUCAGUGGAGGGAAUGUUGAUGUCAACAAACUGGACCAGGUUCUUGGAAAUCUGGACAUCAGACUUACAGAUAAAGAAAUUGAGGAGCUAUUGAGUCAGCUGCCAAUUGAUGAUGAUGGAAAGGUCAACCUCAAAGAAGUUAUCGAUAAUGCAAAAACUAUUCAAGAAACUGUUGAUGUGCAAAACCUGGAAGACUUCCUGAAGGACACGGGGAUCGAACUCACAGAAGAGGAACAGAAAGAUCUCCUGGAACACCUUCCAGUUGGUGUCAAUGGGAAAGUGAAUAAGAAGAAUGUAAUGAAUGCUGUGCAGAAUCUUGGUGAAGGAGUGAAUGUUGAUGUUAACAAACUGGACAACAUUCUGGGAAACCUAGGGAUCAAACUUACAGAUAAAGAAAUUGAUAGCCUGUUGAGUGACCUGCCAAUUGAUGAUGAUGGAAAGGUCAACCUCAAAGAAGUUAUCGAUAAUGCAAAAACUAUUCAAGAAAACGUUGAUUUUCAAAACCUGGAAGACUUUCUGAAGGACAUGGGAAUCAAUCUUACAGAAGAGGAAGAAAUAGAUCUCCUAGAAAACCUUCCAGUUGGUGCCAAUGGGAAAGUGAAUAGGAAGAACGUAAUGCGUGCUGUGAAGAAUCUUCACAAAGGAGCAAAUGUUGAUGUUAGCAAACUGGACAAGGUUCUGGGAAACCUGGGGGUCAAACUUACAGAUAAAGAAAUUGAGGAGCUAUUGAGUAACCUGCCUGUUGAUGAUGAUGGAAAGGUAAAACUCAAAGAAGUCAUCGAUAAUGCAAAAAAUAUUCAAGAAAACGUUGAUGUUCAAAACUUGGAAGGCUUCCUGAAGGACAUGGGGAUCAAACUCACAGAAGAGGAACAGAAAGAUCUCCUGGAACACCUCCCAGUUGGUGCCAAUGGGAAAGUGAAUAAGAAGAAUGUAAUGAAUGCUGUGCAGAAUCUUGGCGAAGGAGCAAAUGUUGAUGCUAGCAAACUGGACAACGUUCUGGGAAACCUGGGAGUCAAACUUACAAAUAAAGAUAUUGAGGAUCUAUUAAGUAACCUGCCAAUUGAUGCUACUGGGAUGUUCGAUCUCAAAAAAGUUAUGGAUAAUGCAAAAAUUAUUCAAGAAAAUGUUGAUAUUAAAAACCUGGACGACUUUCUGAAGGACAUGGGGAUCAAACUCACAGAAGAGGAACAGGAAGAUCUCCUAAAACACCUUCCAAUUGGCGCCAAUGGAAAGGUGAAUAAGAAGAAUAUAAUGAAUGCUAUGCAGAAUCUCAGUGCAGGGAAUGUUGAUGUUAACAAACUGGACCAGGUUCUGGGAAACCUGGGAAUCAAAUUCACAGAUAAAGAAAUUGAGGAGCUAUUAAGUAACCUGCCAAUUGAUGAUGAUGGAAAGGUCAACCUCAAAGAAGUUAUGGAUAAUGCAAAAACUAUUCAAGAAAACGUUGAUGUUCAAAGCCUGGACGAUUUUCUGAAGGACAUGGGGAUAAAACUCACAGAAGAUGAACAGGAAGAUCUCCUAAAGCACCUUCCAGUUGGCGCCAAUGGGAAGGUGAAUAAGAUCAAUGUAAUGAAUGCAGUGCAGGAUCUCAGUGGAGGGAAUGUUGAUGUUAACAAACUGGACCAGGUUCUGGGAAACCUGGGGAUCAAACUCAUAGAUAAAGAAAUUGAGGAGCUAUUGAGUAAGCUGCCAAUUGAUGAUGAUGGGGAGGUCAACCUGAAAGAAGUUAUGGAUACUGUGAAAGAUAUUCAAAAAAACAUUGAUGUUAAAAACCUGGAUGACUUUCUGAAGGACAUGGGGAUCAAACUCACAGAAGCUGAACAGGAAGAUUUCCUAAAACACCUUCCAGUUGGUGUCGAUGGGAAGGUGAAUAAGAAAAAUAUAAUGGAUGCUGUACAGAAUCUUGGUGGAGUAAAUGUUGAUGUUAACAAGCUGGAACAGGUUCUGGGAAACCUGGGGAUCAAGCUCACAGAUAAAGAAGUUGCAGAGCUAUUGACUAACCUGCCAGUUGAUGAAGACGGAAAGAUCAACGUGAAAAAUGUCGUGGAUACUGUGAAAACUAUUCAAGAUAACACUGAUAUUCAAAAUCUGAGAGACUUUCUGAAGGAGAGGGGGAUCAAACUCACAGAAGAUGAACUAGAAGAUCUAAAACAACUGCCAGUUACUGGAGGGAUCUUUGAUGUUAACAAAAUGGACCAGGUCCUGGGAAUCUUGGGAAUCAAGCUGACAGAUAAAGAAGUUGCAGAGCUAUUGACUAACCUGCCAGUUGAUGAGGACAGAAAGGUCAACCUGGAAAAAGUUAUGGAUGAAGUAAAAACUAUUCAAGAAAAUAUUGAUGCUCAAAACCUGGAACACUUUCUGAAGGAUAUGGGGGUCGAACUGACAAAAAAGGAAAAGCAAGCUCUUCUGAAAGAACUGCCACCUGAUGCCAAUGGGAAGAUGAAUAAGAAUGAUAUAAUGAAUGCUCUACAGAAUCUCAGUGGAGAAAAAAUUGAUGUUAACAACUUAGACCAGCUUCUGGGAAACUUGGGGAUCAAGCUCAAAGAUAGUGAAAUGAAGGAGCUAAUGAAUAAUCUGCCAGUUGAUGAUGGUGGGAAAAUCAACCUGAAAGAAGUUAUGGAUAAUGUGAAAAAUGUUCAAGAAAAUAUUGAUGCUCACAACCUGGAAGACUUUCUGAAGGAUAUGGGGGUCGAACUGACAAAAAAGGAAAAGCAAGCUCUUCUGAAACAACUGCCACUUGAUGCCAAUGGGAAGAUGAAUAAGAAGGAUAUAAUGAAUGCUGUACAGAAUCUCAGUGGAGGAAAAAUUGAUGUUAACAACUUGGACCAGCUUCUGGGAAAAAUGGAGAUCAAGCUCACAGAUAGUGAAAUGAAGGAGCUGCUGAAUAACGUGCCAGUUGAUGAUGGCGGGAAAGUCAAACUGAAAGAAGUUAUGGAUAAUGUGAAAAAUGUUCAAGAAAAUAUUGAUGCUCAAAACCUGGAAGACUUUCUGAAGGAUAUGGGGGUCGAACUGACAAAAAAAGAAAAGCAAGCUCUUCUGAAACAACUGCCACUUGAUGCCAAUGGGAAGAUGAAUAAGAAAAACAUAAUGAAUGCUCUACAGAAUUUCAAUGGAGGAAAAAUUGAUGUUAACAAAUUGGAACAGCUUCUGGGAAACCUGGGGAUCAAACUCAAAGAUAGUGAAAUGAAGGAGCUGCUGAAUAACCUGCCAGGAGAUGAUGGCGGGAAAGUCAAACUGAAAGAAGUUAUGGAUAAUGUGAAAAAUGUUCAAGAUAAUAUUGAUGCUCAAAACCUGGAAGACUUUCUGAAGGCUAUGGGGGUCGAACUGACAAAAAAAGAAAAGCAAGCUCUUCUGAAACAACUGCCAAUUGAUGCCAAUGGGAAGAUGAAUAAGAAGGAUAUAAUGAAUGCUCUACAGAAUCUCAGUGGAGGAAAAAUUGAUGUUAACAACUUGGAAGAGUUUCUGGGAAACCUGGGGAUCAAGCUCACAGAUAGUGAAAUGAAGGAGCUAAUGAAUAAUCUGCCAGUUGAUGAUGGCGGGAAAGUCAACCUGAAAGAAGUUAUGGAUAAUGUGAAAAAUAUUCAAGAUAAUAUUGAUGCUCAAAACCUGGAAGACUUUCUGAAGACCAUGGGGGUCCAACUGACAAAAAAAGAAAAGCAAGCUCUUCUGAAACAACUGCCAAUUGAUGCCAAUGGGAAGAUGAAUAAGAAGGAUAUAAUGAAUGCUCUACAGAAUCUCAGUGGAGGGAAAAUUGAUGUUAACAACUUAGACAAGUUUCUGGGAAACCUGGGGAUCAAGCUCACAGAUAGUGAAAUGAAGGAGCUGCUGAAUAACCUACCAGUUGAUUAUGGCGGGAAAGUCAACCUGAAAGAAGUUAUGGAUAAUGUGAAAAAUAUUCAAGAUAAUAUUAUUGAUGCUCAAAACCUGGAAGACUUUGUGAAGGCUAUGGGGGUUGAACUGACAAAAAAAGAAAAGCAAGCUCUUCUGAAACAACUGCCACUUGAUGCCAAUGGGCAGAUGAAUAAGAAGGAUAUAAUGAAUGCUCUACAGAAUUUCAGUGGAGGGAAAAUUGAUGUUAACAACUUGAACCAGCUUCUGGGAAACCUGGGGAUCAAGCUCACAGAUAGUGAAAUGAGGGAGCUACUGAGUAAUCUGCCAGUUGAUGAUGGUGGGAAAAUCAACCUGAAAGAAGUUAUGGAUAAUGUGAAAAAUGUUCAAGAUAAUAUUGAUGCUCAAAACCUGGAAGACUUUCUGAAGGCUAUGGGGGUUGAACUGACAAAAAAGGAAAAGCAAGCUCUUCUGAAACAAUUGCCACUUGAUGCCAAUGGGCAGAUGAAUAAGAAGGAUAUAAUGAAUGCUCUACAGAAUCUCAGUGGAGGGAAAAUUGAUGUUAACAACUUGGACCAGCUUCUGGGAAACCUGGAGAUCAAGCUCACAGAUAGUGAAAUGAGGGAGCUACUGAAUAACCUUCCAAUAGAUGAUGGCGUGAAAGUCAACCUGAAAGAAGUUAUGGAUAAUGUGAAAAAUAUUCAAGAAAAUGUUAGUGUUCCCAAUUUGGAAAAGUUUCUCAAGGAUAUGGGAAUCAUACUCACAAAAGAUGAACAGCAAGAUCUCCUGAACCACCUGCCAUUUGAUGGCAGUGGAAAAAUCAAGAAAAAUAGAUUGAUGAAUUCCCUGAAGAAUUUUAAAGGAGGAAAGGUUGAUGUCCAUGACCUGGAUAAAGUCCUGGGGAACCUGGGAAUGGACCUUACAGAUGAAGAGCUUCAGGGGCUGCUAAAAGUUUUGCCACUUGAAUCUGAUGGAAAGGUGGAUCUCGACAAACUGCUGGAAUUUUCAAGGUCCAUUAAAGACGGAGUCACCAGCCAAAUGUCGGUUUCUUCUGAUUCUAAGCUAAAGUAUAAACUGAAACCCCUGACAAAAAUUCCAGCAAGUCACAUCAGGGGUAGAGACUUCCAAGGCUUUCUUCAGGACCAUGUUAAACACAAAGAACGAUUAACUCAAGGACAACUGGAUGCCUUCCUAGAUGCUUUUGAGUGCUUUGACAAGGAUGAAACAGGCUGCAUUGAUUCACAUGCGUUACAGUCUACUGCAGCUAAACUGGGGAUUGAUCUAACAAAUCAAGAAAUCCAGGAUGAACUAGAUUAUGCUGAUAUUGACAGAGAUGGAAAGCUGAAUUUUCCAGACUUUCUCACUGUUUUAACAGAUGAUGAUCGCUUUAUCCAGGCUGUUGUCCCAGAAACUGACCCCAAUUCAGAUCUUGUUGAUUCUACUGGGAUCCUGUUGUUUGAAAUGCUGUCAAAGCUGGUGGAAACUGCAGCGCUGCCUAGGAAGUCUAUGAUAGACAUAGUAUGCUAUUACCGGAAAAAAUAUCAUGAUGCUGCUGGCAGGCCAAUGUGGAGGCGUUACGAUGCCGGUGGAAAAAAGAGGCGCAAGUCCAAGAGGGAUUCAAUGAACCAGGGGACCAGCACAGCUGCCUUUGCUGAUGCCUCCCGCAUUGCUAUAAUGAGCGAGAAGGAUUUGUUGAAAUUCCUGGAAGAGCUCAAGAGAUGCAGUCCCCCCUCUGACAGUCCAUAUGCUAAAAUACCCAUCUUCCCACUGUUUCCAAAUAUGGAUGGGACGGUUAUGGGAAAGCCAUUCAAAGAUUUACAAAGAUUGGAGUUGCUGAGGAAGAAGGAGCCUUUACAUUUCUUUGAGGACUAUUUUUUCCAUAGAAGAAACUGGAAGGCACAGGCAGCAUCUAUGAAACCUUUAGAAAAUUCAAACUGGCCAGAAGAGAUUAUCAAUAUUGAUCACAUGCUCAAGAAAAAGAGGCAAUGGACUGUAACUGAAGCAGCUUGUCUUCGGCACCAGGUAAAGAAAGCUACUGAUGCAUACCAUCUGGGAGUCGCCCUUGGACACCGGAAAGACAUGCUCAACUUCUGGCGCAAAAUUCGAGGUGAUCUGAUUGGGCUAGAAACUGGAAAUGAGUCCUUUUAUGAUACCUUCUCUACUUACACAUGGUCCUGGAAUGUUUGCCAAGAGCUCCUUUCAAGUAAAGAUUUAAAGUUGAAUGAUUCCCGAACGAAUAGAUAUUCCCAUGCAAGAGCCCUCUUCUCGUCCUUCCCAUACAUCACAGAGUCUGAUAUAGAGUUAGGAAGGAAAAGGAAAAGGAAGAGAACUCUGAGAGGACAAACAUAAUGAGAGGAUGCUUCCUUUUCUAAAAACAACACACUCUAGGCUACUUUUUCAUAGUUUUCAAUAUUAUGGUUUUGUCUAAUACAUUCUUAUCAAUGGGAAAUGAUGACAUCUUUUGAAUCCUGCCCAAUAAAAAAAUAAGUAUAAACAAACAAACAAAAAAAAGUCUUCUCUUUUAUGGUAGAAUUGCUGUUAAGAAUUAGAUAAUCAGGGGGAAGCUGGGUAUCUUAAGUGGAUU